AUUGUUCUCGUGAGCGUUCUCUUGUGAAGUGCCGUCUGGGACCCCUUCAGAUUGCCAUAACACUGUGUGUGUGUGUCAGUGUGUGUAUUACAGGCACUCUCCAACACGAGACAGUUUAAAACACACUCACAUUCUUGUGUGUGUGUGUGUGUGUGUGCGUGUGUGUGUCAGGUGUUCAGCAGCAGAAUGACGGGCGGCGGGAUUAGGCAGGAGUUUUCUCAGGUGUGUUGGUGAUUCCAGCGGGACUCAUGGCCUCUAGAGUCAGUUUCGACUCUGAUCUGCACCUCAUGAUCACUGAUCUGGAGAGUGCAGAUGAUGAAGAUGUGGUUCAUGAUUCGUUCAGUCAGCUCAUUAAAGAACAGAGUCGUGACCUUCACACUGAUGUCAUGGAGAUGACCCCACUGGACCUGCAGGAGGAGAGCAGAGAUGAUGUGGGGUUUCUGGAUGCCCCAGUGUACCACCGGUCUGACGAGCUGCAGCAAACGGACGCUCUGAUUGGAGAACGCUGGUCAUCUGACACGCUCAAAGUCCUCUCGUCCAUGCCCAGCCGUACCAUCGGUCGCAGUCGCGGGGCGAUCAUCUCUCAGUAUUAUAACCGCACGAUGGAGCUGCGCAGACGCAAUCAGAGCAGACCGUCUGUCCAGCCCUUCACGCGGUCUGCGCGGCCCAGCAUCCUCGGUUACCGCGUGGAAACUGAUGGAGCGGAUUUCGAUGAAGGAGAGAAUAAGAGGGAGCGUCUGGUGAAUAAUUUGCAGAAUCUGUCCGUGAGUGAUCGUGUUCGUAUGUUGAGGGCAAUGCCUCUGAGUCUGCUGGAGAAGAAAGAGCUCAGGCUGUUGGUGUUGAAUAAAGCUGAACACUCGUUCUCUCAGAGUCAACUCCCCUGCUGCAGUCAACUCAAGUAUUACAUCAUCAUUGCAGUGAGACACGGCUGGUACAGCUGGUUAUCCUUCCUGUCGUCUCUUCAGUUGUGGCAGACGGCUCUGAAGCGUGUCGGCGGUCGGUUCGGGACAGGCGUUCUCUCAUAUUUCGUCUUUCUCAGAACUCUCCUCUUCUUCAACAUCUUUCUGUUCCUCAUCAUGGGUUUGUUUCUGGUGGUUCCUCAAGCUGUGAGUCAUCCGGAUCAGGACCAGAACACCUCCGUCAGGAGCACAUGGGGUCUGGAGGUGCUCACAGGAGCCGGUUAUUUCUCGCACUCUCUGCUGUAUUACGGUUACUAUAGUAAUUACACACUUCAGUCGGAGCGCAGCUGCACUGAAUCCGUGAACAGGACGUCCUGUACUUCUGCUCUGUCAUAUAACAUGCCUCUGGUUUACUUCUUCACCAUCGGUGUGGCGUUCUUCAUCACCUGCAUCAUCCUCGUGUACAGCAUGUCCAAGACAUUUGGUCAGAGUUUCCGUAUCAAUAAGUCUAAAGGAGUUUUGGCCAUUAAAGUUUUCAGCUGUUGGGACUUUAAAGUCAGUAAGAAAUCUUCAGUCAGACUCCAGCGGGACAACAUCGGCACACAGCUCAAAGAGCUGGUGGCUGAGGUGAACCGUCAGGAGUUGAAGUUUUCUGUCCUCCAGCGAUUAUUCCGGCUGUUUAUUCACAUGUUGGCGUGGCUCAUGUGUUUGGGCAGCACGCUGGCAUGUGUGCUUGCUGUGUAUUACUUCUCUGAACACAUGCUUAAGGACUUGAGAAAUCGCUCGAACACGAGCUCGUCUAACGAUCUGUUACUGAAGGAGGCGAGUCUGUUGGCACUUCCUGUCGUCGUGUCCAGCAUCAAUCUGCUCCUGCCUGGGUUCUUCAACGCUGUGGCCUGGAUGGAGGAGUACGAUUCUCCCAGCAUGCUCAAUUACAUCUCCAUCGGCAGGAACUUGCUGUUGAAAGUGAGUGUUUUGGGGGUGCUGUGUUAUCAUUGGCUGGGGCGAGUGGCGUCAGACCCUCAGAGUCUGGGAUUACAGUGCUGGGAGAGUUUUGUCGGGCAGGAGUUGUACCGUUUCCUUCUAAUGGACUUUAUCUUCAUGAUGCUCGACACGUUCUUCGGAGAGUUUCUGUGGAGGUUGUUUUCUCAGAGAGCUCUAAAGAGAAAAAGGAAACCCGUGUUUGAUAUCGCACGGAAUGUUUUAGAGCUCAUCUAUGGACAAACUCUGGCCUGGUUGGGUGUGCUGUUUUCCCCUCUGUUACCUGCUGUUCAGAUGAUUAAACUGCUGUUUCUCUUCUACAUGAAGAAGGUGAGUCUGAUGAUGAACUGUCAGGCAUCAAGUAAACCGUGGUGUGCCUGUCAGAUGACCACCAUCUUCAUCACGCUGCUCUGUUUCCCGUAUUUCCUGGGCUCUGCCGUGUGCGUCACGUACACCAUGUGGACGAUAGAGCCAUCUGGCAGCUGCGGUCCAUUCCAGGGAUUGAAGACCAUGUUCCAGGCUGGGAAAUUGUGGGUGGAGCAGCUGGCAGCGGCCAAUAAGAACCUGUCCUGGCUCAGCUGGGCACACGCACACCUGGUGGAGAACCCGCUCUUCCUCUUCCUGUCUGCUGGCAUCUUCCUAAUCGUCAUUUACUUUCACAGUCAGGUGGUUGAUGGACAGAGGAAGAUCAUCGAGCUCCUUCAGGAACAGAUUAAAAAUGAGGGAGAAGAUAAGAAGUUUCUCAUCAUGCGACUGCAGCACAUUCAUGAACGGAGACGAACGGUUUCAGCACGGCACGCUAGAGGAGCCAGUGAGGACGCGAGUGAUUCAUGAGUCGACCGCAACGCUCUUCAUCCUCGAAGUCGAGCAGCUUCCUGUUGACCUGUUACCAUGGAAACACACUGGAGAAAAUAACAGUUUACAUUAAAACCUCUGCGUACACGACAGCACAUCAAACAUUACAGAGAAAUGUGUGUUUCAGAGGACACUACACUGAGCACAAGUAGAGACAUUUUGCACAUCACCGUUCAUGAUGUAAGAUGCCGGAGUGCUGCGAUCAUGUGCUGACCGAUACGGUUGAUUGGAAGCUGUUCUCAUGAAAAGGGUUCACUGUAUAACACUUAAUUUUGGUGAUGGUGUCAUAUUUGUCUUUACAAAGCUUAACAUUACUGUGAAAAGUGGAAAGAUUUAACACUCGCUAUUAUAUUUCUCAAUAACUGGACCUCCCCCUUUUUUAUAUUGUGAUUAUAGUAUUGUCUAAAAAGCAAUUUUAAAUAAACAUUUUUUUAAUCAAUAUGAAUUUAGAAAAAACACUUUUUGCCAUGUUUAUAUAUAUAGUUAAUAUAUUUUAUGAAGUCAUGCGAACGAAAUGGCACAUCAUAACACGCAUGUACGCUAUACAUUUCAGAAAUACUCGUUCAAUAUAAUUAGCAUAAAACCAUGUAGCUUAAGUUUGUUUCUGUUUGAGCAUUUUAUACAAAUCACAAUAUAAAAUCUCAACGUAAAUACUCUCCAGUCACAUGACGGAAUAAACGUAUUAAAAUGUGCUUAUAAAUGUGAGCUGGAUCUUGCUUUGUGUGUCCACCUCAGGGCCGUGGCUAGUGAGGUGAAAGGUGGGAAUGAUGCUGUAUUUUUAGACGGUCAGGAGGCCCAGAACACCUUGCUACAGCUCUGAUCCACAUAUCUAGUUUAUGUUCCUUUAUGCAGUUAGUGAUGCUGUUCUGAGAAUGUGCUUCUUUAUAAUCGGCACAAGAGAGU